AUGACGGAAUCUCAGCUUUUGAUCGCCAGGGUGAGUGGAUAUGUUCAACGGCAUAUGUCCCAAUUCGAUGCCUCCCAUGAUUAUGAGCACAUAAAACGGGUAGUGGGCUUAGCACACACCAUAUACUCGCAGCUUAACCUGCCUGGAGAAAGCAUACCGACAGAUUCUGAAGCCCAGCCCACCCUCGAUCUCCCAACCAUAACGCUAUCGGCACUUCUUCAUGACGUAGGAGAUAGAAAAUAUAUCAAAGAUGGCGAGGACGGAACGACUCUAGUUCGCGAUAAGCUCCUUGAACUUGGCGCUGAUGAGGCACUGGCGACAAAGGUACAGGCGAUAUGCCUUGGAGUCUCCUAUAGCGCGGAGGUCAAAGACUUAGCCCGCGUAAAGACACUCAUCGCCCAGCAUCCGGAACUCGCAGUGGUUCAAGAUGCAGACCGGUUGGAUGCCAUUGGAGCAGUUGGAAUUGGUCGAGCAUUCACCUAUGGCGGCGCCAAGACGAAUCGGGAUAUGGAGGGCACGAUGGAAAUAUUUGAACUGCACCUAUUGAAAGUGGAAGCGCUGAUGAAGACUGAGCCUGGAAGAAAGAUGGCCCGAGAGAGGACGGAAAGGUUGAGGACUUUUCAAACCUGGUGGGGUGAAGAAAUGGAGAUUGGAAGGAUAUCAUUGCCGAAUCCGGAGCCGCAACUGUUUAACAAGGAACAAAAGCUCGACGGGCUCAAACUGGAGUCAUGA